AUGAAAAUAUGGCCAACCUUAACUAAUAAACCUUUUGGUAAAAAGAAAGAUCCUCAGACAAAAUUUUCCUUACCUUUAUUUCAGCAUCGAUCUUCAUCUGUAGUUUUUGGUGACACAGAUAUGUAUGAUGCUACAUCAAGAAAUAAUUCCCCACUUUUUAAAGCAAGAAAAACCGACAGAGAAAGUUUCCAUACUUUACCUGGAUUAAUGCGGCAAGGUUCAAUUAUUUCUUCAUUGAAAGAAUCUUUAUCAAUACCUAACUUUAAAAUUUCCUGUAAAUCCUGUACUACUAAAGCUGGACUAACUUCAGGGUCUCCUAUACAGCAAUUGAGGCUGGAUAAAAUAAAUGAUGUUCUAUCAAAAAUUGAUAAAGCGACUAAUGAUGGGCUAAAGACGAGUUUGAGUAAAACUAAAAGAAAAUGUGAAGCUUUAGAAGAUGAAAUAAAAAUUAUUUCAAAAAUUAAAUCUGAUGAAAUCAAAGAAAUGAACCGAAGCAGAUGGAAAAAAGCUAGAUUCAAAAGUGUGAAUUCUCAAGAUAUCCUAACCAAAAAAGAAUUUAAAGAAUUGCUAGUUGCUUGGAGAAGACAAAUGAAAAGAUAG